UUUAUUUGCCAGGGAUUGAUAUUCUUGAGGGAUGGUCCAUUUCGCCAGGGCCAGGAAAACAACAGCUUGCAGGACUGUGGUUUCCCAGCACCGGCUGCAGGCAGCCUGGUCCGGCUGCUCCCAGAGGAUGCCCCACCCUGUGCAAGGCUGCCUGCCAUCCUGCCCCUGGGGGCAGCCUCCACCUCCCCCACCAUGGCCACCGCAGGACUGACCCUGUACACCUGGUCCCCUGGGCCUCUUGGGAUCAUAGCCCUGUCUGUGGCAGCCUUACCCCUCCUACCUGGCACGACUCCCCCAACUCCUCACAGAGGUGCCCUACUCUCUUCCCUCUCAGUCUGGAUGCUCAUAGAGUCAGCAUCCUGAGUCCUUCUGCCUGUCCCCAAAGUCCUCAGCCGCAGGUUUGACCCCAGCUGAACCCAGGCCAGCUCACAGAGUGCCCCGGGGUGGGAGGCAGCCCCCCAGAACCCUCAUCCUGCCAUCCUGCCUCUUCACCUCACUUCCUGCUCCCCCAGGCAUAGACAUACCUGUGAACCCCAUGCCACCCUCAGCUCAUCUCUCCUGUAGCUGAAGCCCCUGCCCAGCCCGACCCCUUCCCCUGCCUGUGCGCCUUAGAGGACCCUGGUUUGCUCCACUAGCGUCUACUCUAGCUCUUUCCCCCGUGCCUCCGCCCACUGAUUCCUUCCUCUUCCUUCCCCCGCCCCACCCCCCUGCACUAACAGGCUCAGUGUCUCGGGAAGGAUCCCGGGGCAAACAACCACUUGGAGAGCCAAGGGGUGAGAGGUACAGCUGGCGAUGCUGACAGGGAGCUGCGGGGACCCUCAGAAAAAGCCACAGGUGACCCAGGACUCAGGGCCCCAGAGCAUGGGGCUUGAGGGACGAGAGACAGCUGGCCAACCACAAGUGACCCUGCUGCCCACACCCAACGUCAGUGGGCUGAGUCAGGAGUUUGAAAGCCACUGGCCAGAGAUCGCAGACAGGUCCCCGUGUGUGGCUGGCGUCAUCCCUGUCAUCUACUACAGUGUCCUGCUGGGCCUGGGGCUGCCUGUCAGCCUCCUGACUGCAGUGGCCCUGGCGCGCCUUGCCACCAGGACCAGGAAGCCCUCCUACUACUACCUUCUGGCACUCACAGCCUCGGAUAUCAUCAUCCAGGUGGAUGUGUUCGCAGGCUUCCUCCUGCAGGGAGCCGUGCUGGCCCGCCAGGUGCCCCAGGCUGUGGUGCGCCUGGCCAACAUCCUGGAGUUUGCUGCCAACCCCGCCUCAGUCUGGAUCACCAUCCUGCUCACGGUUGACUGCUACACUGCCCUGUGCCACCCCCUGCACCAUCGGGCCACCUCGUCCCCAGGCCGGACCCGCCAGGCCAUUGCUGCUGUCCUGAGUGCUGCCCUGUUGACCGGCAUCCCCUUCUACUGGUGGUUGGGCGUGUGGAGAGACACUGACUCACCCAGCACACUGGACGAGGUCCUCAGGUGGGCUCAUUGUCUCACUGUCUAUUUCAUCCCUUGUGGCAUGUUCCUGGUCACCAACUCUGCCAUCAUCCACCGGCUAUGGAGGAGGGGCCAGAGUGGGCUGCAGCCCCGGGUGGGCAAGAGCACAGCCAUCCUCCUGGGCAUCACCACACUGUUCACCCUCCUGUGGGCGCCCCGGGUGUUCGUCAUGCUCUACCACAUGUACCUGGCCCCUGUCCACCGGGACUGGAGGGUCCACCUGGCCUUGGAUGUGGCCAACAUGGUGGCCAUGCUCCACACGGCAGCCAACUUCAGCCUCUACUGCCUUGUCAGCAAGACUUUCCGGGCCGCUGUCCGACAGGUCAUCCACGAUGCCUACCUGCCCUGCACUUUGGCAUCACAGCCAAAGGGCAUGGCGGCGAAGCCUGUGAUGGAGCCUCCGGGACUCCCCAAAGGGGCAGAAGUGUAGAGGAGGGGGCCCAGCUGGGGAGCUCAGGGUGUCUCAUGGCCACAUGUACUGGGGCCUUUGAGGUUGUGCCCAAAAAACGUUUAUCAACAGCUUGCUUUCCUUGGGUGGGGGUGGAGGCUCCUCCUUUGGGUGUGGCUCCCAGGUAGAGAGGAGGACAACUUAGCCAACUCUUACGUUUGCUUCACCAGCAAUCCCUAUUUCCUGGGAAGGUGAAAGGGCACUGCCAGGCACAGGCUAAUAGCAUCAGUGCUGUGGGUAUUCCUUUGUGGGGGGGCAUUUUGCCUGGCUCAUCAUGAAUGCCAGAUUAAUGUUGGUUGAAUGGAUAGAAAAAUGGACAGAUGG